ACGAAGCCUUGACAUCCGCAAUUCCAUUAUUUUGCCGAGCUCGAAUUGUACCGGAACCAAUCUGCAGCGCUUCAGGUCCGAUCAGUUAUAUUGGACAUCCACGAUGCACAUUUCUUGCUUGAUACAGUGCAAUCUCCCAUCCCUCUUGAAAUUUCAAUCUCAGGCCCUGAGUCCUGGAAAUAGCACAGAGAGAGCCAUGGAGAUUGCUUCAGACAAGGCCAAUGAAGCCAAACAGGUCACAAGCAAAAAGGGUGGACUCAAGACCAUGCCCUUCAUCAUAGCAAAUGAGAUAUUAGAGAAGGUUGCUGGGUUCGGGCUACUUCCGAAUAUGAUCUUGUACUUGAUUUUUAAGUAUCACUUCAAUGCCGCUUCGGGUGCGAAUGUCCUCUUCUUGUGGUCAGCCAUAUCAAACUUCACGCCCAUUCUAGGCGCUUUUCUUUCCGACUCUUGCUUGGGUCGGUUCCGUGUCAUCGGGUUCGCAUCGGUCAUCAGCCUUCUUGGCAUGACCCUGUUGUGGUUGACAGCCCUUCUCCGAGAUGCCCACCCUCCACCGUGCGACCUAAGGAGCAAAACCUGCGAAUCCCCAACUUCGGCACAGCUCCUGCUUCUGUUUUCCUCUUUCGCCCUCAUGUCCGCCGGGGCGGGCGGAAUCAGGUCGUGCUCCCUAGCAUUCGGGGCAGAUCAGAUCGACAAUCCCGAUAACCCCAAGAACGGGCGGAUCCUGCAGACGUUCUUCAACUGGUACUAUGCAUCGGUCGGGGUUUCGAUCAUGAUCGCAGUAAUUGUGAUAGUUGACAUCCAGAAUUCGUAUGGUUGGGUGAUCGGAUUCGGGGUUCCGGUGGGGCUCAUGUUUGUCUCAGUUGUGAGCUUCUUCUUGGGAUCUUCACUCUAUGUCAAAGUGAAGGCGGACAAGAGCCUCUUCACCGGCCUUGCUCAGACCAUAGUAGCUGCCUGGAAAAAGAGGCACUUGGAGUUGCCCAACAUGAGCCAUGAUGCCGUGUAUUACCAUCACAAGGGCCCCAAUAUUACUACACCAAGCGAGAAACUGAGGUUCCUAAACAAGGCUUGCCUUAUGAACAAUCCUGAGAAGGACCUGGACUCCGAUGGAUUGGCCAUAGAUCCGUGGCGACUCUGCACAGUCAAGCAAGUUGAGGUGCUCAAAGCCCUGAUCAGGGUCCUUCCCAUCUGGUCCACGGGCAUCAUUAUCGGCGUGACCAUAAGCCAGGGCGCCUUCCCGGUCCUCCAGGCGAAGACCAUGGACCGACGCUUCCUCUUCGGCAUCAAAAUCGCCCCGGGCUCCUUCGGCGUCUUCAGCCUCCUGACACUCACGAUAUGGGUCGGGAUCUACGACAGGAUCAUCAUCCCCCUAGUCUCGAGGUUGACCAAGCGGCCCCGCGGGCUCACCUUCAAGGAACGGAUGGGAAUCGGGCUCCUCAUCUCCUGCAUAGCCAUGUUCGUGUCAGCUGCGGUGGAGCACAAGCGGCGAGCCGAGGCGAUCCGGGAAGGGUUUGGCGAGAACCCGCGUGGGGUCCUGAAGAUGUCUGCGAUGUGGAUCGUCCCACAGCAUUGCUUGACCGGGCUAGCAGAGGCAUUCAACGCAAUCGGGCAAAUCGAGUUCUACUACUCCCAAUUUCCCAAGAGCAUGUCAAGCAUUGCGGUGGCGCUUCUUACCCUUGGAAUGGCAGUGGGCAACUUGGUUGCAAGUCUAAUUGUGAGCAUCUUGGACCACUUGAGCAAGAGAAGUAAGGAUGGGACAUGGAUUUCCACAAACGUGAACAAGGGUCACUAUGACUAUUACUACUGGAUCUUGGCGGGUUUGAGUGUGAUCAAUUUCUUCUACUUCCUCGUAUGUGCUUGGGCUUAUGACGGUGGUGAGGAGCGAAAGGUUUGGGUUGAGGAUGAAUUGGAGGAUGAUCAAGAGAGUCAUCAAGCGUCUCCAAUGAAAAUUCAUGCUUGAUCUUUACUACUUGUUGGCUACAUAAUGCCGAUGUUUUGGCUGAGUGUGUAACUGGUUGAAUCUCAGUGCCAAUGAUGUAUCGUUGAUGCGUGAUCUACCAAGCAUGCACUUAGCAAGCCAGAAUCAAUCUUAACAUGGACUCUCCCUCCCGCCCUCCUCACUUCAAUUGUGCAUGAAUUGUAGGGAAAAUUAUCAAUUCAGUCCUCAAUCUAUAGUACGAAUACCAAUUUAGUCUGAAA